GCUCUGUACAAAAACAACAAAGACUUCAUUGCUAACUACUCCGAAUCUCAGCCGGCUGUUGGAAGUUUAGUCAAAUUAACUGUGAUUCAUGCCAGGAACUCCCCGUUGAGCUUCACUAACUUCAGUUCAUAGGCGAACACAGUAGAACGCAGCCCUACAACAAUGACAGACCCUCGAAUUCGGCAGCUGGUGAUUAAAUCCGGAGUGGUCCGGCGGUUGACCAGGGAGAAGUAUUGCUACGCCAAGGAAGUGGUGACCGAGCAGGCGAGGUUGGAGAAGCUCAGGGGCGACGGAGCCGACGACCACGUACUGCGCAAGCAGGAGGAGGUCAUCCAGGAGUGCAUCAUGAUGGUGCCCGACUCCAAGAGAAGACUGCAGAAGGAGUACGAGGUACUGGAGAAGUACCUCGCCGAUGAGCUGGACCUGAUCGAGACAGAUUCGUAUAAGAAGGCAGCGGAGAUCCUCAAAGACGCCAAAGCUGAACUGGAGACCUAGAACCACCCCUUCACUUCAUUCACUGCCCCUAAUGUCAGCAUUAAUGCUGGCUCCUGAUGGCAAUUCCAUCUCCAAGUUCUGAGCUGCAGAGCGGCUUGAAUCCCCACGUGCUGAGCUAAUACUCUUCCCCUUUGUUUGUUUCAAAAAAUUACAUUAUAUUUUUUUGAAAAUGUA